GUAACCUAAACAACAAAAAUAAAAAAUAAAUUAACAAGCAUGCUUUUCAAAUCCUGACAAAGCCAUGUCAAUCACAUUCGAAGGAGAGCUUUCAGACAAGCUGCAAGUCAUGGAAGUGAACAAGGACGCAGCAAACCAACUCCAGGAGGCGGUACCCCAAGACGACAAUAGCAAUUUGCCUGCGAAAUGCGAGACAAAGUCUGCUUUUGCUUCCUCCAGCAGCAGCAUCACAAAUAACUCGGGCCCGGAGCCUGAGUUUUACAACAAGGCGCAAAAGUACUGGGCCGAAGUUCCUGCCACAGUUAAUGGAAUGCUCGGCGGCCUCGGUUACAUCAGCGCCAUUGAUAUACAGGGCUCCAGUGUCUUCCUGCGCGAGAUUCGUGUGCCGGGCACAAAGCUGGCCUUGGACUGCGGCGCUGGCAUCGGCAGGGUGACCCGUAACCUGCUCAUCCCGCGCUUCUCCGUUGAUCUAGUGGAGCAGGACCAGGCCUUUGCCGAGAAGGCUCGUGAGUACUGCUCCUCGGAUGAAAUUAUUUCCGGACAGGUGGGCGAGAUCUACAACGUGGGCCUGCAGAAGUUCACGCCCACGCAGCAGUACGACCUUAUAUGGAGCCAAUGGGUGCUGGGUCACCUCACGGACCGCGAUCUGGUGGCCUUCUUUCGCCGCAUUAAGCAAGGACUGGCGCCUGGCGCCUUCUUUUGCCUCAAGGAGAACGUGAGCAGCUCGAAGAAGACGGUGGAAGAUGAGGAGGACUCGUCGGUUACCCGCCCCCUUGAGCAGUAUGAACGUUUCCUUAAGGAAGCCGGGUUUCGAAUUGUGCGUAAAGUUAAGCAGCAAAACUUUCCCAAGGGCCUCUUUCCGGUUUACAUGAUUGCCUGCAAGACCAUCUCCAAGGACUAAAUUAGGUACGAUCUAACUAAAAUAUCAGAGAAGCAAAUCAAUGUCACAAUUACUAGCUAGUCAUAAAAAAUUGUAUCGUUUUUAGCAACGAAUAAAUAAGCUUGUGCAAGCUUUUAGUAGUUCCUUAAAUUUCUGAAUGGUUUUAUAGGAACUACUGUCAU